CGCACUGCCACCCAUCAAACGUCAACCUCCCCAACGCUUCCGUUUGGGUGAACAGCCAGCUCUGUAUGGCCCACAGCAACACACUUGGUCGAACAGACCCCUAUUUAUCCUCGAUAUUUAUUUACAAUAUGCAACCAUCUAGAUGGAAAAGAAAGAAACGGUCAUCUGGGUCCACUCUCAUGGGGUUUGAUGUUCUAGUGUCAUUACUAGCAAUAUCGCCCUUACCCAGCAUUGUCUCUGCUCAGAAUCCCUUUAUACAGCCUCAAAUUCCUCUCCCAGGGCCUCAACCUGUUGACACAGAUCAUGAAUUUUCAUUGCGACAUAUCUUCCAUCACGGAACCUACCGAUACCCCCUCCUACAUAAGCGGCUUGAUAUCAAGCCUGAUGCUGAGCUAUGGGUUGCCUCAGAAGAUGGUGAAGGACGGGAACCCGUUCCUCGUCUCCGUGCUUCUUCAAGGGCUGUUAAUAUCCAGCGUCUUGCCGACCGCCGGGUUUCCGUUAUUGAAGACCACCUCUUAACCGCGAGACUGACAAGCUCCCCAGUAGCACUCUCAUCAGAUUAUUGGACCUUGGACGAGGUGGAUGCUCCUGAUGUUACGGAUAAAGAGACAGUUCUUUCGUUAGCUCGAAUGGCAGCCAACGCCUAUAUCAUGUUGCCAGGAACAGAACAGUGGGCUGAUGUUGACUCGCGUUACAACCACUCAGACAGUUUCGGAUGGGAAAGUGAUGGGCUGAGAGGCCAUAUCUACGCGGAUAAAUCGAAUUCUACAAUAAUAGUUGCUUUGAAGGGCACAUCCGCGGCUCUCUUCGAUGGCGAAGAGACUACAACCAAUGACAAGGUUAACGACAACUUAUUUUUCAGCUGUUGCUGUGCCCAAGGUGGACAAUACUUCUGGCGACAAGUUUGCGACUGUUAUACGUCAACAUAUACAUGUAAUGCAACUUGUGUAAGGAAAGCACUGAGAGCAGAAAACCGUUAUUAUCGAGCUGCCCUCGAUCUUUACGCCAACGUCACCGAAAUUUAUCCCAAUUCUAAUAUCUGGCUUGCGGGCCACUCUCUGGGUGGUUCCGUUUCAAGCAUGCUUGGGAUGACAUAUGGGCUACCAGUGGUCACGUUUGAAGCCGUGCCAGAGGCUCUACCUGCUUCUCGCCUUGGACUGCCUUCCCCUCCUGGAAUUGAUCCUUCUUCGCCCCAGAAGAGGAAUUACACUGGUGCCUACCACUUUGGCCAUACCGCGGACCCUGUUUAUAUGGGAACGUGUAACGGCGCAACUUCUGUGUGUACACUUGGUGGAUAUGCUAUGCAGACAUUUUGUCAUACCGGCCAAUUGUGCACUUACGACACAGUGGAAGAUUUAGGCUGGAGAGUUGGAAUUGGAACCCACCGAAUUCGUUCCGUGAUUGCAGAUGUUAUCGAGAAGUACGAUACCGUCCCUGAAUGUGCCCCUUUUACAGAAUGCGUGGACUGUAACAACUGGAAGUUUUUCGAAAGCAAUGGUACCGAGCCUACGUCGACUAGUACUCGAAUAAGCACUGCAACUAGAACGAGAUCGUCAACUUGCAAGACGCCUGGAUGGUGGGGAUGCUUGGAUCCAACAACGACUGCAACGACAACAGCUACAACAUCCACUGCGAUCACCACGACAUCUACUUGCAAAACUCCAGGGUGGUUUGGCUGCAAAGACCCUACGACAACGAGCACAGUACCUACUGCGUCACCUGCGCCUACCAUAACUCCAACCUCCCCUCCAACGACUACUGCUUCCACUACUUCAUCCUGCGAAACGCCUGGCUGGUUUGGGUGUAAAGACCCUACGAGCACUACGAGCUCCCCUGAUCCAACCACGACACCCACAACCACAAGUUCUUGUGAGACUCCGGGCUGGUUCUGGGGCUGUUAUGACUCAACCACAACGGAAUCCCCAAGCCAUCCCAUCACAUCCUCGCCCGAGACCACAUCCCCUAGCGCCACUUCCUCGCCCUCCGGCCAUACAUGUACGUCAAGCAUAUUUUUUGGACUGAUCUGUCUUGGCCCUUAACUCCAAGUGACCCUAUGCCCACCUUCUCUCACGCGAAGCCUCCCACGUCGUGGGCAGCGCUGGGCGAAGGGAGACCGGCUUUUUGGGUGCAGUAAUUGGAAUCCUUGGCAUCAGAAGCAAGAACCCAAUUCUAGUCAUGCCGAUAUGAACUGACAUAUCCAUCCAAUUGUUAUUUUGCUAACUCGUUUCCCUUUGCGCUCUCUUUAGUUUGAUUUUUCGAGCAUUGUCAAUUUAGUGUCGAUUUUACGUUUGGAACCUAUUUAUCUCGAGGCAUAUUAUCUCGAGGGUGAGCGGGAGUUUAUAUAUUGGCAUAUCGUGGCUUAUUUGGCCGACGUUACUGGCAUCGUUUUUGCCCUUCCCGGAGUUUGGAGAACUUGGAUCUACCCUUGAAUUUUAUGCUUUAGAAUUGUGGACGGACUACACAUUGUCAACUAGAUACCAUCAUCAUAAACGCCUGAUUUCGGACAUCCAUUCAUUUUAAUAUUAUUUGCACAUACGCGCUUUGCUUGACUACUGCCAUUCAAUAGUUUUCAUAAUUAAUUUUUAGUAUUUUGGCUAUGCCUGAUUAACAACUGCAGAAAGAGAAAAGGGAGAAAAAGAAGCCCAAAAAUUCAACACAGAACAAAGGCAAAGAAUUCUUGUUUUUCCAACACUUCGUGUAUACUACGGAGACACAGAAGAUACAACAGCUACUAAUCUGUACUGAGCCUGGGAUCUACAAACGGGCUGGAUGACAGGCGCCCCCCCUGUUUUAACAAACAAAGUAGCAGAGGAAAUCACCCUACGCUCAAAUGUUUUGGCUGAAAGGCGACGACCGACGAACCCAGAGCCAAGAUCAAUAUUGUAGGAUCGUUCAACUGAUGUUAGAGAGCAAACGGCUGGCGUCAGUCUUAACCCAACUCUGAGACAAAAGAC